AUGGAGUUGUCUACUCAUAUAUAUGUAUCCCUUCCUGUGGAAAUACUUCAACUGAUAUUCGAUUUACUUCCUCUAAACCAUUUAGCCAGCUGCGCAUUAGUCAAUCGAGAAUGGUUUCGUAUUGCCUCCGCUAUGGUUUGGCAGAGACCGUUCGAAUUCGAUUACAUACAUCAAAAAUGCUGUACUGUUAAAACAUACCUUUUGAGCUUUACGAACGAACAAGAGAACGAGUUGCUCGUCACUUGUAGAAUAAAGUUGCCAGCAAGUAAAUUUAGCGGAAUCCGUUACCCAUUGUAUUUGAAGCAUUUGGACGUUGGGGCGAUGGUGACUAGUAUACGCAAGUGGUUAGAGUGGGUUAGGAACACACCUAAAGGUAGUGAGAGCAGACCGUUCUAUUUAGGAGGCAGCGAAAUGGAUGAUGCUUACAGGGCAGUUACAGUGAUGCGAUUGCUAUGCAAGAUGUUGAUCGGAUUGGGUGUUUCAUUGUCUGGUCUCAAGAUAGGUGGAACUCAGGAUGAUAUUACAAUGUCAGCUUAUGAGUUUUAUGCUGUCACUGCACAUAUACAGGAUCUGGUUGUUGAAUGCAAUAGCGAAGUGGGCUGGCAUCACUUUAUCGAAUACAAGUAUUGGAGAAAUCUGCGUUCUCUCAAAGUCACUAUCUCAUCACAGGAACAUAUAGAGGAUAUUGCAAAGUUUCUGAUAGCUCAACGGUCAUUAGAGACGUUCAAGUUUACAUCGAGUAAUAUCAGCAUCGAUCCUCAAAGAAUACUUCGUGCGCUUGACAGGCAAGGGAACUCGCUGAGAUAUCUGACUAUUAAGAAUGCAAGUUUAAGCAAGUGUAUGCCUCUGUAUACGAUUGCUGGACUCAAACGUUUGCAAUGCUUGCGGUUUGAAAAUGUGUCUGGCAUUAAUGCUACAAUAAUUCGUCCUUUAUUAAAUGCAAAGUUUCCGUGUAUGAAACGAGUUUGGAUAAACGGUGACGAGACUGUUUGCAGUGAAGCACACAUUUGGGCACAAUCAUUCAAGUAA